CAGGGAUUGUUGUACUGUAUUGUUUUUUUUUGUGCAAUAUUGCCAUUGGUUUAGGUAAUAAUUGAUAUUGAUAUGUUUUUAUCAUCGUGAAAUCGUGUAUCAAAAAAUUGUGAACUGUAGUGUCAUUAAUAGUUUCUAUGGUGUAAAGUGGAGUGAUGUGUUUAAUGUUGUUCGUGUUGAAACAUUUUCUCCACUGCAUUUAGUGGAGUAUUAACAUAAAGUACAUACAUUCCAUAAUGUUUAACUUUAUAAAGAAGUCGUCGGUGCUGACAAGUGGCGACGCUAGCGGUUUCGAAGAACGCGACGGCGAGAAAGAGAAACGAAAACGCGAGAAAAAAGAACGGAAAGAGAGGGAGAAACGAGAGCGGAUAGCAUCCGGACUAGAGGAGCCACUGAGAUUAGAAGAAGUUCGCCGGUCUCUCAAAUUACGUGGUCGCCGUAAAGAUAAGGAGAAGCUACCCUCUGGGAUCACAGCAGACUACACAGCAUCGUUGUUUGCUCAUCUAGAACAUGAUUCCAAUUAUUCCAACUAUCCAGUUAUAAACACUUCAGGAUCAAAUUCCAACUUAAGUGACGAAAAUAACCAGUUAGUAUACUCGACAAAUCACACUUGGAAUAAGAAGGAGGGUGUACUACAAUCUGAUAGCUCAGAAACAUCGUUAAAUUCGCUAAAUAACCCUGCCAAUAGUCCACGACAAGCAACAAAUCUACCUCCUAUUCCUCCCCGCCCACCGAAGCGAGGAAUUCUUAAAGGCCCUCGACUAAGCAACACCAGCUCUAACUCCCAAGAAAGCAACGUGCAAAAUACCGACACCGUUGAUAACGUAAACGGCCAGGAUCAUAACGUUUUAGCGAGAAACACUCAACAGAAUGAGAAUAUUCAGUAUGGCUUACCGCCAUCGAAAAGCACGUCGUCUAGUGAUGAUAUGCAACAAUUGCAGAAUUUUACCAAAAAAGUUAUUCAUAGUCCCGUAGAAAAUCAAUAUAAAAACUAUAAGAACAAUGCUAAUCCAGCCAUUACUAGGCAAGAUGUGGAUGAGACGCCAAAGACAAAUGGUAAUAGUUACAUAGGUGUUACCUCUACCUCUCCAAGCGCUGACUCGUUAACCGAUACAACUACGAAUUCAUCAUUUGCAACACCUCCCUUUUCUACAUCACCAGUGGGUGAAUCACAAGGAUUCCAUCGAUGGUCGAGAACAAGCACUUUUGAUGAUGUGUGUUUACCGUUACCGCCUUUGACUCCUUUGAGACUGCCUAAACCUAGAGUGCUAACUAUUCCACGACAAAAAGCACCAAGAAAUGAUUUCGGUUUCAGUCUUAGGCGAGCUAUGGUUCAAGAAAGGGUAUUUUUUGGAGAUUCCCGAGAAAUAUCGGGAAAUAAAGAGUCGGUGUCGAAUGGUGUAAACAGUAGCACUGGAAUUGUUAGCAAAUUGACGUAUAAGGCUGUUAUCUUGGCUGAGCCCGGUUCGUACCCUGGUGCUAGUGAAAUGGGCUUGAUGCCAGGAGACAAACUGAUAGAAGUUAAUGGGGUAAACGUUGAAGGGAAAAGUCGGGAGGAAGUUAUUGAUCUAAUUAAAAGUAGUCAAGACGCUGUGACAAUCAAGGUGCAACCGAUUGUUGAACUGUGUGAGCUGUCACGAAGGCGAGCUGCGGACGGAGGCGCCGAAGUUGACCUUUCUGAUAGUCACGUCAGAGGAGGCACUCUCAGCAGGUCGGGCAGUCGAAGAUUCACCAGCUCUCAGAAUCUGAAGUCGAGGCUCCGGCAACAGGAUCAUUCUGCCACCACAAGCAGGGCCCGUUCACGAGCAUGACGCAUGAGCCAGCCAUCGCCUCCAAACCUAAAC